AUGCAGCACGUCAACCGACCUGACAGACAAGUGGCAAGGGCAGAUUUCCCCGUACAGAGUAGCAUCCAUGAGCUGUACUACCCUCUCAAAAACAGUUCUAAGUGGUCCGGGUAUCAAAGUGCUGGGUCCCCUCGCUUCUACUCGGAGUACAGCAGUAGGAUUGUGUCAAGAUAUACCGAUGUGUAUUUCAACACCAUUGUCUGCCUCCUGACCACUACUACCGAUAUCCUCGGAUCCGCCUGCUCGAACAUCCUCAACACUGGGCCGUUCGUCGACUUUGGUAUCAUUGCAGAUGUUGGGCCUCAUGGCAACGGCAGUAUUACUGCCGGGACGUCGACAUUCACAAUCCAUGAGAACCCCCAGUAUUCCGGGGGAAUCACCUGCUAUAGAAUGUACGAUGAGGAUGAAUCGUACGUGGUAUGCGAUGAUGUCCUUUUGCCCAACACUAUCCGAUUGAGCCCGAUCAAAGACGACGAGAAGACCCCUUGCUUCAGUAAGCCUGCCGAGAUGAGCUUACAACGGGCAAUGGAGACGGCCCAUGUCAUGGAGACUUUUCCAAUGCCCCCUACUGAGGGAAACUUCUCUAGCACGGUACCUAUAACCAAAUUAGAGGAGCGGCAAACCGGCGCGUGCAAUAUGUGGUCCGUUGCUACAAGGAGACUUGGAGAUGGCAACCCUCAUCAGAACUACUGGCGGAAACAGUUGAGCCCCAAUGCACUGUCGGUGCUUCGAACUCUAAGUCCUGCACCAUUGGGUGGACAGCGUCUGCAAAUGCAGGCCAAUGGAUCUCAGGUGGUUUCCGGUGCAACAGACCUGGACUACUAG